AUGUUCAAACUCAUCGUUUUCAUUAUUCUUUUAUUCUGUACCAUGGUGUUAUCAAAACCCGAGAAGUGUCCCGAGCACGAGGUCCUCCAGUGGCAUCAAGGAUGUGACAGUUGUAUGGCAAGAAUGCCUAAAGAUCCAGCGAUGGGAGGGUUCGGUUGUGCCACUGCUCCACAAAAAGGCUGCUUCUGCCCGGAGAAUUUUGGUCGAUUGGAGGAUAAUACUUGUGUUCAUAUCUCGAAGUGUCCCAAGAAUCCAGGAACGAGA